AUGGCUGGGGACUCUUCAUACCAAAGGCAGGCCGAGGAUGAUCUCUCCUACAUGAAUAAGCACAAAGACAAGAUUGUCAGUGCUGCUAACAAACAUGGCAUUAAGCCAUCUAUCGUGGCUGGCAUCAUUUCCAGAGAGACCCGCGCAGGCAGAGGGGCAGGUCUCAGUUCUGAUGGCUGGGGAGACAAUGGGAACGGCUAUGGACUGAUGCAGGUUGACAAGCGCUGGCACAAUCCGAGGGGUCAAUGGGACAGCGAGGAACAUAUCGUACAAGGAGUUCAGGUUCUAAAGGGAUGCCAAUCAGAUGUCGAAAGAAAAUUUCCUCAUAUGUCCCACGACCAGAAGAUGAAAGGAGCGCUGGCAGCCUACAACAUGGGCGCACAAAAUAUGAACCCCAACAACGUGGACGCUCACACUACCGGAGGCGACUAUUCCCGUGAUGUCUCUGCCAGGGCCCAGUACUAUGAGAGGAAUGGAGGGGCAGGUCUCACUUCUGAUGGCUGGGGCUGGGGAGACCACGGGUAGGCCUUUGGACUGAUGUAGGUUGACAAGUGCUGGCACACGACAAGGGGUCAGUGGGACAGCCAGGAACAUAUUGAGCAAGGAGUUGAGAUUCUAGUUGGCUGCUACACUGAUGUUGAGAAAACAUUUAGUCAUUGGAACAAGAACCAGAAGCUGAAAGCGCUGGCUGCCUACAACAUGGGUACUGAAAAAAUGGCCUCCUCCUACAAGAACGUGGAUACUCACACUACCGAGAAGGACUACUCUAAUGAUGUCAGUGCCAGGGCCCAGUACUAUGAGGAGCAUUAUAAAGAAUUGUUUAACCUCUGAUAGCUCCUCCACAUCUGAGUUGAAGUUACAUUUAACCAGCUAAAAUCAAAGCAAAGGCAAACUCAAAAUCCAGAAUCUUAAAAAUAUGUUACAAUAUCUUGUGAUCGUCUUCUCAUCUGUAUGGCAGAUUACACAUUUGUGUGUUUGUUACCGUCUUGCACAGGUUUGAAUCAAAUCCAUAAUGCCUUCAAUAUUCUUUAAGAAUUAGUUGAUCCAUACUUCUUUAGAGACAACUGAUCAUCACAGAUUUCCAAGAAAAACAUAUUAAAGUAGCUAUAAGUGAUUGAUUGUCACCCAUUUGUUGUUGUUUUUUCUCAGUGUCUAACAAAGUCAUAUCAAACAUAUAAGAGGUUUAAAUAAUUGUAAUUAUUAAAAAUGUGUAAAUGUCACUUAAUUCAAGCUAAAUCAAUUUUAAUGACUUUUCUCCUGCCGAUAACUGUCCAAGUUUUCAGCAUGUCUGAAAUCUGAUUGAUAUCUGUGUCACUUUAUAUGCUUUAUAAUUUUAUGAGUGGCAUUUUCUUAAAGUGAAUAAAUGUAUUUCUGCAGCAGAGUAACUACAAUAUAUGUGUUAAUUGUCAU